AUGGAGCAGGACUUAUUUCGAAUCAUUGUCGUAGGAGGUGGAAUAGCAGGUCUCGCUGCUGCGAUUGCCCUACGAGGCCCAGGCCGAGACGUCUUGGUCCUUGAGAAGUCCCAGAUGCUCCGUGAGGUUGGAGCGUUGAUCUCAUUACAGCCAAAUGCAUCGAAAAUUGUCUCGUCGUGGGACCUCGGAGAGUUUCUAAAAGAUUGCGAACCAGUCGUUGACCAGGGAUUUCGGAUCAUGAACACAGAUGGCCAUGUUCUGAACAACAUUCCCACCAGUGGACACCUCUUUGGAGCUGAUCGCAUUAUAUACCAUCGUCAGGAUUUGCAUGGUGCGCUGAGAGCUGCCGCUGAGUCUAGCAAGCGACCUGGGAGGCCGGCGCAAAUUCGUACCGGUUGUGCUGUUCAGCGUAUCGAUACGGCUGGGGGCAAGGUCGAGCUUGCCAGUGGUGAAGUGAUAGAAGGAGAUCUCAUCGUUGGGGCAGAUGGGAUACGCAGCGUCGUUCGCGACAGUGUUCUUGAGUCUUCUGUCCAACCUGUUCCAACCGGGCUAUCUGCAUAUAGGCUGUUGAUCCCGACAGAGAAGCUGAAGGAUCUGGAAGUCGACAAGGAUAUCUUCGACCCCGAGAAACCAAUUACAACCAUGAUCGUCGGUCAUGGGUCAAGAGUCGUCAUGGGUCCGGGUAGAGGGAACAAAUUGUUCGGAAUUGUUGCUCUCGUGCCCGAUGAGAAGAUGAAUGAGACCUCAGAUGCGGAUUCAUGGACUGCAGAAGGCUCGCGAGACAGUCUGCGAGAAAGCUUUGUCGAUUUCCCUCCAUGGGUACAUUCUCUUUUCGACGCGGCCCCUGACGUUGGCCUCUGGCAGUUGCGCGAUAUUCCUUCGCUGUCAAGCUGGGUCAGUGGCCAAACGAUUCUGAUCGGAGAUGCAGCACAUGCGAUGCUGCCUACCCAGGGGCAAGGCGCGAGCCAGAGCGUGGAAGAUGCGGAGGCGCUGCAGGCUUUCUUUUCUGACGUGACGAAUCGUCCGUCCCGACAAGAAGUGCAAGAUCGUCUAGCCAGGGUCUUUGACGCCAGACAUGAGCGUGCCUCGUUGAUUCAAGCAUAUAGCCGGCAACAGGCUCGGCCAGGAACAGAAGCGGGAUCGAAAAAAGUCACCUUGAAACCGGAGGAAUUUUUGGCUUUCAAUUGUGGCUACGAUGGGGCGAAGGACUGGCUGAGUCGGCAGCGGCCUGCGCAGCAGGUGGUGAAUGCUUGA